AUGAAACCCAGCAGACCCGCGACGCCCUUGCCAUCUCGCAUCCGCGUCGAACCAGACAAGGAGCUCUGGUUCGCGGACGGCAACCUCGUCCUCGUCGCCAGAGACGUCGAGUUCCGGGUCUACCAGGGGCCCCUUGCCGCACACUCCCCGAUCUUCAAGGACAUGCUCUCUCUACCGCAACCAGGCGAAUCCGAAACUGGCUCACACAGCCCAACCUUCGAUGAGGUCUCCGCAUGCAUCCGCUUGGGACACAAGUAUCAGAUUGACCACCUCGUCACCACCAACAUGGACUUCCUCCGCAAGUUCUACACCGACAGCUUCGAGGACUGGUACCCGUCCAACUUCGUCCGCCCGCCGACCUUCCAGGCGAUCCACUCCAUCGGCGUCGUCAACCUCGCGCGGCUCGUCGGCGCCGACCGCAUGCUCCCCGCCGCGCUCAUGGACUGCUGCACGCUCGGCGCCGAGAUCGUGCGCGGGCUGCCCCGCCCGGACGGUGGCCGCGAGACCCUGGCGCCGGACGACCUCGGGCGCUGCUUCGUCGGACGGACGCGCAUGGCGCAGGCGAGCGCGCGGAUCGCGCACCACAUGUUCCGCCAGAAGACCGCCGUGGGCUGCCGCAAUCCGACGUGCUGCGCGCGCGUGCUCCAGCGGCUGCUGAACGAGCUCGCGAACGCGAAGGACGACGUCAUCUCGUGCGUCGACUGGUACGCGUCGUGGAUGGUCUAUGUCGACGGGCGCGACGAGGGGCGCGAGCUGUGCAUCAAGUGCUACCGGAUGCUCGAGGGCGAGCGGCCGAAGGUGCUGCAGCGCGAGGUGUGGGAGAAGCUCCCUUCGAUGAUGGGCGUCGAUGUCCCGGGAUGGGCGGACUCCAUGAAGCAGGAGGUUUGA